GUACAGCGGAACUGUUUCUUUGGAGGACGAAGAGGGAACCGGAGGAAAACGCUGUUGCACACUUCGUGAUGGCGCUCUUCCUGGAGACCUCAACAGUUUUACUGAGGAGAAUUAAAGACAUUAGACCGUUCACGGCCAAACGACACCGAGUUAAAGGCAAAUGGGCUACCACACUUCCCAAACAUCCUCCCACCAGACUGGCCCUUCAGCACUUUGAUGCCACCUACAGCGCCCAGCUCGGGGACCUGUGGCCCUCAGUCCGAGUGGCCCUGCUGUCAGAGCGGAAGUACGGAGCCCUCCUCAAUAAUUUCUGUCAUAAUCCAGAUCUGGAGGAACUUCAGGCUCAGGGCUGCAGAGACUUCAUUAACAGUGGAGAGGCUAACCGCUCCUACCUCAUGUUUUCCUCAGCAUCCUUCAAACAGGGCUCUGAUUUAGGAGCUGAGGAAGACUCCAGCAGGGUGUCUACAGUGACUGAUGAAGAGGAGGAGAAGGUGGAGUCUCCUGUGAGGCUCAGUCCCAACAUAAAGUGUUUGGUGUUUCCUAGAGGAGAUGUCACACGGUUUAAGCCUGCGAGGCCAGACAAGUUUGGACUGUUGAGCUACUACCUGAUGGACGCGGCGUCCGUACUGCCUUCUCUGGCGCUGGACGUCCAGGCGAAUCACACGGUUCUGGAUCUCUGCGCCGCUCCUGGUGGAAAGGCCCUGGCUUUGCUACAGACGCAGUCAGCCAGGUUUCUGUGCUUAAAUGACUCGUCUGUGUCGCAGACGUCGCGGUUAAAGAGGGUCCUGCACAGCUACGCUCCCAAAGAGCUUCUCACCGACGACAAGCUGCGCAUCACCUCUGUUGACGGCACCAUGUGGGGCGAGAUCGAACGGAACUCCUUCGACAGGGUUCUUGUCGACGUUCCCUGCACUACAGACAGACAUUCGCUCAUGGAGGACGACAACAACAUGUUCAGCAGGAGCCGAGUCGGAGAAAGGCGGAGCCUGCCUCGGCUGCAGGAGGAGCUUCUGCUGGCGGGAAUCAUAGCUGCUUGUCCUGGAGGCGAGGUUCUGUACUCCACCUGCACCCUCUGUCCCAGCCAGAACCUGGGCGUGGUGGAGCGAGCCGUCCAGCUAGCGGAGGAGAACCACGGCAUCCGGCUGCAGGUGGUCAGUCUCAGACCUCUGGUGCGGAUGUUCCGGAACACUUUUCACUUUGCUCCUGACCUCCACCUGGGUGAGAUGGUCGUCCCGCACCUGGCCGCUAACUUUGGACCCAUUUACAUGUGCAAGAUAAGGAGACUCACGUAAACGUUUAGAUAAGAUGCAAGGACACAGAUUUUAUACUGUCAGUUGUUGUGGCCAUUUAUGCCAAAUAUUUAUUUAUACCACUUCAGUUUUUGUGGUAUGUAAAAUAUAUUUUUAUGUUAAUUUAGAAACAUUUUUUAUAAUUUUUUUAUAUUUGGAAUAGUUUAGGUUCUGAAUUGUUAAACCCUUCCAUUAAUUUGAGUGAUUAAGAGCAGACCGGUGCUGAUGGAUGGGUCGGUUAAUGUCUGGUGCGGACUGGAGGGUUUUGAAAAAUUAUU